AACACUCAAGCUCCCAUUCACUCAGUGUUUAGAGGUUGAAAAAAAUGGGGUGUUCCCCAAAACAGACCAUCAGACUUUCAGACACAAAGGACUAAAUGACCUCUGACAUGAGUGUGAUUUCUGCCUGUUCCCUCCCACAUCAACCCUCCAGGAUUUAGUUCUCCAUUCUGACAGACUUCCCAACCCUGGGCAUCGCCGCACAGGGAAGCCAAGAGUCACAGUCUCCAGACUUCACACAGUUCUGAGAGCCUCGCAAGCAUACACAAGCGUACGUUUGUCCAAAUAAGACAAUGACGUAUGAAAACUUCCAGAACUUGGGGAGUGAGGCGAAAAACCAGGAGACUGGAAAAGCGGCUCCCCCCCAGUCCUUCCUGUGGAAUGUCUUCUCAUGGACCCACCUCCUCCUCUUCUCCCUGGGCCUCGGCUUCCUGCUGCUGGUGGUUGUCUCCGUGAUUGGAUCCCAAAAUUCCCAGUUAAGGAGGGACCUAGGCACCCUGAGAGCCAGUUCAGAAAACCUCACCUCCUACAUGAAGGCUGAACUGCAGGCCCUGAACUCCAAGGGUAACAGCUUGCAAGAAAGGAUCAAUUCUCUGAAAGUGGACGUGGACGAUCACAGGCAGGAACUGCUGGCAGGCCGAGACUUGAGCCAGAAGGUGACUUCUCUGGAGAGCACAGUGGAGAAAAAGGAACAGGCCCUGAAAACAGAUCUUUCUGAAAUGACGGAGCGUGUCCAACAGCUGGGGAAGGACUUGAAGGCCCUGUCGUGCCAGCUGGCCAGCCUCAGGAACAAUGGCUCUGAAAGGACCUGCUGCCCCCUUCACUGGAUAGAACACGAAGGCAGCUGCUACUGGUUCUCUCAAACUGGGAAGUCAUGGCCCGAGGCUGACAAGUACUGCCAGCUAGAGAACGCUCGCCUGGUGGUGGUCAACUCCAUGGAGGAGCAGAGAUUUAUCAAUGACCGCAAGGGCCCCGUGCCCACCUGGAUGGGCCUCACAGACCAAAACGGACCCUGGAGAUGGGUGGAUGGGACUGACUUUGACAAUGGCUUCAAGAAUUGGAAGCCACUACAGCCAGAUAAUUGGCAUGGCCACGGGCUGGGAGGAGGUGAGGACUGUGCCCACUUCUCUUACGAUGAUGGUCGCUGGAAUGAUGACGUCUGCCAGAGGAUUUACCACUGGAUUUGUGAAUCAAAGCUGAGCAAAGGCAGCUAAGAGUCCCCUCCCCCAACCUAUAUCUUCAGUGCCAUAAGCCUCGGAUUUCUGGUACUGGUAAUCCCUCUGUCUCGGUAUCUCCACCAUCUUGGGGCACUUU